UUUCAACCAAUGGACAGACGUUGUGAGGAAAAAAAUUGCACUAUGAGGACAAAUAAAUGUCCUCACAAUUACGACCUCAUAAAUGUGAUCUACAGCAUGUGAAAGAUGUAAAUACAAAAUAUUAGCUUAGUAAGGACAAGUGUUGUGAGGACAUGUCCUUACUAAUAUUCUCUCUCAAAAACCUUCUUUUUUUCAAAAUUCAAUAGAGAGUAUUAGAUAAACUUUUAUAGAUAUCCCUAUAGCUAUACCUAGUAGGUUUGGUCGGCUAGAGAGAGAGAGAGAGAGAGAGAGAGAGAGAGAGAGAGAGAGAGAGAGAGAGGAUCCCAAAAUGAAAUCGUAUAGCACUCAUUUAGAAAAAGUUAUAUCAUGAAUAAUCAAACAUUAUUUCUAGUUAUCUCCUCCCUUCCUUAUGAUCGAUCAUUAGAAGAAUUUAUAGAGUAGUAAAAGCAAAGGAAAAAAUAACUCUUCGUGUAUGUCUAAACUAAGUUGAUAUUGAAUUACUUUAUGAACGAUGCAUUCAUGGCUGUUCGCUUUUUAUUUUACAGACUGGAAGAAAUGGUCGGUGUUCAUAAAAUAGCUCUACAACAGAGUUUAUAAAACAGUUUAAAAAAUACAUUACUGUUUAAUAUUUCAUGUCUUAAACUUGCUUUCUAUCAAAUGACUGCAGUCUUACAGUUUUAAUUGUCUGAAAUUGUAGAGAUGAAAUUGUAAUCGUGCUAAAGUGUAAUCAUUUUACAUCUUAUUUUAAAAAACAAAACAGGAUAGGAUCAAAUAACACUAUUGCGCAAUGAAUGAACCUCGUAUACAUGUAAUGUAAAUAUUUAGAUUGUAGAUGUUAAAAUCUUAAGAUAUUAAAUCAGAACAUUACAUAAUCCGAGUUUUUAAAACAAGUAUUAUAUUCAUUGAUAAACUUCAGUUUCCAUGUUUUAUAAUUUUUUCAUUAAUUAAUUUCAUAACUUUAAGCGUGAUAAAAGCGCAGAAAAUUAAUUUAAACUAAAUAUAACUAAAUAUAAACUAUACUAAAUUAGAUUAAAUCAAAAUUAAUACUCAGGAGCUAAUUUACAGAAGAGGCAUGGUCUUAAUCACAUGAUUUCUGAACCGCGUAGGAAUGUAAAUAAAAAGAAAAAAUGCAAAUAUAUUUUUACACAUUUUAUACAAAAAUGAAAAGACUCUUUGGCCAGUUGAAAAUAUUGAUAUUAAUCCAAAAAACUUAAAAGACGAGCACAUUAUCUAACCACGUAGUAUUUUAUUUUUCACAGACCCCGGAAACAUUUAACUAAUUACAUACACACGUCAGGAUAAAAACAUAACAUUUCCUGUUGUUCUGGUUCACUGCAGGGUACAUGUAAAUUCAAGCUCACACUCAUGUGCUGAGGCAAUUUAAAGAACAUUUCAAUAAACAAUAUACUGAAUAAUAAAUUCAAAAUUAAUUAAUGGAUUUAGUUUUGCAAAUCGUUGUGAACCAAAUAUUCAUGUAUAGGAUUUUUUAAAAUCCAAAAUGGGCCCCGGAAAUGACCCACGACUCCGGUAAUCCGUGACUUUUGUUUUGUCUUUCCACUCUUCUCUUUUUAUUCAUUACUUGCUAUAGUCAAGUAACAGGUCUUAAAAUCUUUCUUUUAAAUAUCAUCAAAAUGGCACUUGUUAAGAAAGAAGAUGACAAGGAAGAAGAAAAGUUACAAAUAGCUGAUGAGGAUAGUGUGCCUAAUGAAGGCACACCUGGAGAAGAAACGCAACUUGGGGGUGAUGAUGCAGGUGGAAAGGACUUAAAAGAAAAUGAAGAUGCUGGUGGCGAGGAUGAAGUGGAUGGAGAAGACAAUUGCCGAACGAUACCCAUUCUCGUCGCCAUAUUAAAGGAAGCGCACAUAAUAGCAGACGACUGCGACGCGAAUGACGAUAACGGAAAUGACGUAGAUGUAAACAUUGACGACACUGAAGACGAACCCGAAAAGGAAAUCAACAUUGUCAAGAUUCCGAAGCCACCGACUCCUCCCCAGGAACCUCUGAAAAAGGACCACCCCCCUGCUAGUCACACUGGCAAGCCGUCUUGUCGCUAUGAUUAUCCAGCCAUUCCACCAUGCAGUGGAUAUAAAGGCGCCCGAUGUCCAGGUCCGCUUUCCGGAUAUCAUGGAAUUGGGAAUAAUGGGUUCUUUCCAUUAGGUAUGCCAUCCUUUGGAUUUCCGUUCGUUAUAAUGCCUGCGUUCCCGUGCAUGAAUAUGUAUAUGCCAGGCAUGUCACAGAUAUGUGGUGGUCCAGGGGCAGCAUUUCACCAAGGUAUGAAUCCUUAUUCGGGUACCUGCUCUCAGCCCGAGAUGAAUUACCACAAUCAAUCACAUCAUUAUCCAUUUGACGGAGACCAUGGCAGUCAUCACCAUCACCAUGGUAAUCAUCACCAUGACGACAAUUACCAUAACGAUCAUCAUCACCAUCACCAUGGUGAACAUCAUCAAUUUGAUCGUCGAAGCUGCCUGAGCGAGGAAGAAAGAGAAUGUGAGGAGCUAGAUAACUGCUGCCUGUCUGUACGCGAUGAUGAACAUUGCAACGAAGAAAAUGACGACGACACCAAGUCCGUAGAAGACCUCCUCGAGGAGUAUCUUGAAGAUAUCGAUGAGAAAACUGAACUCAUUCAUGAAAUCCUUGAUGAAUGCGAAGCCAUGGACCUUGUUGUUAAUAUACAUGGAUUUGAAUUGGAGGAGAUCCACGUCACCGUCAGCGGGAAAAACAUCACCAUCAAAGGAGAUCACCAAUAUAGCGAGGCCACGUGGGUCCGGGUUCGUAACUUCUCGGAAUGUUACGAGAUCCCAGAGGAGUUUGAUAUAAAUAAAACAACUGCGACGAAAAUGGGAGACACACUGAAUAUUAGAAUUCCCCAUGUAGACGACUACGACGACGACGAAGAUGAUGACGAAUGAAUCAAGUUGUUUUGCAAAACAUGACCUUUUCUAGAAAUUUUUUUGGUUUGAGAACUUAAUUCAAUUUGUACAUGCAAUAAUGAAAUAUUCUAACUGACUAUAUCAAUCUUCUAACAACAAUUGAGGAACUGUUAGUAUGUCUUUUACAACAUUUGCUUACAUUUAUGACUGUAAUCUAUAACGUAAAAAAUGUACUACUUCAUUUAUUUAGACUAAAAUUUGUACUAUUACGCAUUCAUUAUAUCAUAAUUACAUUGUUAAGUAUUAAACACAGUACAUGGACAAGUAACAAUAAAGAGAGACGUAUACUUGUGUUAAAAUGU